CUGAUGCUCUCACGGUUAUCAACAUAUCGAGGCCUGUUCACUCAGUCCGCGUCGCGGCUAGAUAUGUGGGGUAUCCGUGCAGGCCCUGGCAUCCUAGCUAUCGAGGACAAGUUCAGAGUCUCCAAAGAGGCUGAUGCUCGUGAGCUUGCUCAACUCAUUCAAGGAGUUCUCCUACAGCCUGGUGAUGCUCUCGUGCUCCAAGGGAUGGGUGCUCAUGCUAUCAACAGCGCAGUGAAGGCAGCGACUAUCGCGGCACAACGCUUCGGCCGUAGCACACCACUGACGGUCCACUUCACAGGGCCUGCUCCUGGCUUAAUAAUGAACUCUCAAAGACGUGACUAUGAGAUUUGGUUGGUGGUGCGUCUCGGUGAUGCGCCUAUGGUACCCGAACUCCCAGAAGAAACCCGUGCUUUGAUCGUCUCGACGGCGACUCGUGUGCAUGCCUUGGCGGGAGCUAUUACGAGCUCACUGAAGGAGAAUACUCCUGUUGACCUCCACGGAAUCGGCCCGGUUUGUGUUCACAAGAUGGCCGAGGCGCUUACCGUGGCAGCAGAAUUCUGUCGAAAGGAGAAACUCGCCGGAGAAGUGCUGGUCAGGCCCUCCUUUUACCAAGUCCAGAGCGACUCCGGGUAUACGCGCUCUGGUGACACUAGCAUCAGUGGCAUUAACCUUAGAGUACGUAUAGAAGAUGACAUCCAAAUUGAUCGCACCUUGACAUGAGCAUUGGUAUUAGUUUCUGACA